CCGAGACCUCUGGGUUGUGCUGCUGCUUCAGGAAGCUGCUGCUCCUCGGAGCUGGAGCCAGCUCCCGGGGCUGGACCAGAUGCAGAGGAUGAGCUCUUCUUUUGUCUCCAGUUCGCUGUCGGAGGAGAGGCCGGUCACUGCCCUGUGGGGCUGCGAGCUGGGCACGGGCACACGGCGCUGCGUGCUGCAGGAGGACGACAACUGCCUGGAGCACCUGGUCCUGCUGAGGACGGUCUCCCUGGGGGCUGGCGCCAGGGACGAGCUGCACGUGGUGGCUGUGGAGUCGAAGAACACGUACGGAGGCUGCAAGCCGGUGCCCAUCGCCUCGCUGCGAGGCUCCGUGCUCCCCAUGAUCAACCUCAAAGGCCUGGAGUUUGUCCCUCCGGUCACCUUCGUGCUGGAGUGUGGAGCUGGGCCGGUCUAUCUCAGUGGGCAGCACGUCACCCUGGAAGAUGACCACAGGUACGAAGCCCACGAGGAAGAGCUGUUGGAGGAAGAUGCAGAUGAUGAGGACGAUGCCAGAGCAGCGCAGGAUGGGGACUAACCGCAGCUCGGGGAGGAUUUCUGCAUCCUGGGAAUGCCUCUGGUGGAUGGCAGGGCUGUGGUGGAGGCUGUUCUGUGCCAGGAGCUGCAGGUGCCUGGCACCAACCAGGCUGGGUCCUUGCCCAGGGGUACAAACUGCCUCUGCUUUGCAUACUGCCCUUGCCUCCUCUCCCUGCCCGCUCUGUUCAUAACAUGCUCUGAGAAAUGCUCCCCCCUUCCUACCACUCCUCCCACCAGGCUGGGGUCACCCCCAGCUCCCUGCGCUGCCCUGGGGGCUGCUCUCACCCCCUCCUCCCUCCCAGGGGCAUCGCUCUGAUGGUGCCUGCUCAGCUGAACCGAGCAGCAGCACGUUGCUGUCUGCACAGCAGCCCAGGGGAACGCAGCCAAAGGCUGCUCAGAACCAGCAGCUGCCGAAAUAAUUCAAUUAAAGCCCCUCAUGGAGGAAAAUUGCCCCAAUCCA